AUGGGAGGCAGAGCACACGCAAUUACGCGGGAUCCUACAAACGCAGGGGACAAGGGGUACCCUUUAAAAAUACAUGAGGUCAGAGGAGCAUCAGAAAGAGAGGAUGAAAUUGUGAUGGCAGCUAUCACCAAAGAUGCGGUUCUCAAUGCCUGUUAUCGGGGCUGCCGGCUGUUUUCCAUCUGUCAUUUUGUGGAUCCUGCAGCCGAGCUGAAUGCAACCAGAGCUGAGUGCGAAUCAGCCUGCCUGGAGGCUUAUUCCGGAGGAGCGGAGCAGUUUGGCUGUAUGACUGGAUGCAGGACGCAGCUGCCAGAGAUGGAGAGCCGAGCGGAAAAGGUUCCAGAUCUGAAACCGGCUUCCUUCUCCGUCUUCGACCUGGUCUCCAAUUUCUGCAACGACAUUGUCAGCUCAGCCCAAAGUUUCAUCUCCUCGACGUGGACUUUCUACCUUCAGUCGGAUGAUGGGAAAGUGGUGGUUUUCCAGUCACAGCCAGAAAUUGAGUACCCUGUUCCAGAAGUACAAGCGCCUAAGUCCGAGGUGUCGGAGAAAGCCUGGACCGUCUCGAACCCCAACACCGUGAAACCCCACACAGGCCUUCGGGAGAAACUGGAAAAACCUCCCAUCGAGGAACCAAAGAGCAAAAACAAAGGGCACCCUCCAAUGGAGACCCCACCAUCAGCAGAGCAUGACUUCCUGGGCUGCAUGUCCAAGCGUUCAGGGCUGCCCCGCUGGAUCCUGGCUGCCUGUCUCUUCCUCUCCAUCAUGGUGAUGCUUUGGCUCAGCUGUGCCAGCUUGGUGACUGCCCCAGAUCAGCACGUCAAGACCCAGCCCCUGAGCAUCAACGGAGAUAAGGGGAAGUAACUCUGGACUCGAGCAUCGACGGGUCUCCCGCCCUGUGACUCUCAUGCUCGGUCAUUGCCGUCACGCCAUCUUCGCUCCAGUAGAUCUUUAUUAAGCGACAGGGAAGCUUCGCCUGCUGCCGGUCAAAGUGGAUCUGGACAAGACUGCUCUCUAGGAGCAACCUGAUCACCCCGAUUCCACCCAUCCCUGCUCUGCCCUCCCCUCUGUUUCCUGUGAACCUCCGUUCCCACCUCUCCCCUUCCUUCCCCCUGGGUUGCCUGGCUCCCAUCACCUGCUCUUGUGCCCAGGUAGGAACGCAAGAACAUCUGUUUGGAAGCCGCUCACAAAAGCCCCCUCCCCCCCGUUUUUGCCAGCAAUGACAUCUCAAGCCUUUGGGGGCGGGGGGGGGGACUGAGGUCAUAAGCCGUUUACUCUCACAAUAACAUCACGAGUUGCAUUCUGCGUGAACUAGCUGUGGCCCUCUCCGAUGUACCGUUCUGGAGGUGGACUCCAGAUAUUUUCAUUUUUAGAGGGAGGGGUGGGAAGUAAGUGUCCCUUUUCCUGUCACCACUGCCCACUUAUUGACAAAGCUUGUGCUUCAUACCCAAUCAGGGGUUUGUUCUCUGGUUGACAAGACCUUACUUAUUAGGAAAGGUGUGUCUCUGCCUGGAUGAGCCACUGCCAACUAGAGAAUUAGUAACCUAGAUGGACUACGGGUCUCACUCUGUAUGAGGCAGCUUCAGAUGUUUAGAGGCAGACCCACUAGCCCGAUGGAGGAGGGCCUGCUUUAUGCACAAGCUCAUUUUGGCAUCUUCAGUUAGGAUCUCGAGCGCCAGGGGUCAAGACCUUUCUCGGCCCUGAGAUCUUAGAGAUCCACCGGUGGACUUGAUUUAACAUGCAGUGGAUGGCAUAAAGGCAGCUCUGGACGUUAAAACAGAAGAGGGGAGAGUCUGGUUUGGUUUGGUUGGCCAUAGCCUCAGGCCUCGGGGGAUUCUAGAACUCUGACCGAAUUCUGUGUCUCUUGGCGACUCUGGGGUUGAUUCAGGCGCAGAGUGGGCCAAUUGGAUGUCUGCCCUCGGUAGGAAUCUAGAUCAAUGAUGGCGAACCUUUUCGAGACCGAGUGCCCAAAUUGCAACCCAAAACCCACUUAUUUAUCGCAAAGUGCCAGCACGGCAAUUUAACCUGAAUACUGAGGUUUUAGUUUAGAAAAAAACGGUU